CCGUGAUUUUAAGUUUCAAAUAGCCCAGCAAAUCCACUUGGACUAUCAGCUGAGCUGUUUUUUGGAGUUGAAGUAUUGAAGACGUAUGUAACCGGUAGAAAAGAAGUGUGGUUUCUGAAAAAGGCUUGACUAUGGGCUGCGUCAAGAGCAAAGAAGACAAGGGUCCGACAUUGAAGUACCGACCCGAGGCCAACACUCCGGCGCCGGUCACGACCCACUCGGGUCAUUACGGACCCGACCCGACUCAGAUGGGACAGUCGCCCGCCAUGAAGGGCCCCAACAGCAGCUACAACAGCCACACCUCCGCCCUCACGCCGUUCGGAGGCUCCUCCUCGGCCAUCACUCCGUUCGGCGGGGCCUCCUCCUCCUUUUCCACCGUCGCCGUGAGCAGUCCUUUCGCUGGCAGCGUCACGGGUGGCGUGACGUUUUUUGUGGCCUUAUACGAUUACGAAGCCCGGACCUCAGACGACCUGUCGUUUAAGAAAGGGGACAGGUUUCAGAUCAUCAAUAACACAGAGGGGGACUGGUGGGAGGCGCGUUCUAUCAACACGGGGAAGAAGGGCUACAUUCCCAGCAAUUACGUGGCCCCUGCCGACUCCAUCCAGGCGGAAGAGUGGUACUUUGGUAAAAUGGGUCGCAAAGACGCGGAGCGACUGCUUCUGGUUCCGGGAAACCAGAGAGGCACUUUCUUAGUUAGAGAGAGUGAGACAACUAAAGGGGCGUACUCGCUCUCCAUACGUGACUGGGAUGACAUGAAGGGAGAUAAUGUGAAACACUACAAAAUCCGUAAGCUUGACAACGGAGGUUACUACAUCACCACUAGAGCACAGUUCGACACGCUACAGAAACUGGUGAAGCACUACACGGAGCACGCAGACGGUCUGUGUUACAGGCUGACCACGGUGUGCCCCACGGUGAAGCCUCAGACUCAGGGUUUGGCUAAAGACGCCUGGGAGAUCCCGCGCGAGUCCCUCCGCCUGGAGCUCAAGCUGGGCCAGGGCUGCUUCGGAGAGGUGUGGAUGGGUACCUGGAAUGGUACGACCAAAGUGGCCAUCAAGACCUUGAAGCCCGGUACCAUGUCGCCAGAGGCCUUCCUCCAGGAGGCUCAGAUCAUGAAGAAGCUGCGACACGACAAGCUGGUGCCUCUGUACGCCGUGGUUUCGGAGGAACCCAUUUACAUCGUCACAGAGUACAUGGGAAAAGGGAGUCUGCUGGACUUUUUAAAGGAGGGUGAGGGCAAAUUCCUUAAACUGCCUCAGCUGGUGGAUAUGGCUGCACAGAUUGCAGAUGGUAUGGCUUUCAUUGAAAGGAUGAACUACAUCCACAGAGACCUGCGUGCGGCUAACAUCCUGGUGGGAGAGAAUCUGGUGUGCAAGAUCGCUGACUUUGGUCUGGCUAGGCUGAUUGAAGACAAUGAGUACACUGCAAGACAAGGAGCCAAGUUCCCCAUAAAGUGGACCGCGCCCGAGGCCGCCCUCUACGGCCGCUUCACCAUCAAAUCCGACGUCUGGUCCUUUGGCAUACUGCUCACCGAGCUGGUAACCAAGGGCAGAGUGCCGUAUCCAGGCAUGGUGAACAGAGAGGUGUUGGAGCAGGUGGAGAGAGGCUACAGGAUGCCCUGUCCUCAGGGUUGCCCUGAGUCUCUGCACGAGAUGAUGAGGCUUUGCUGGAAGAAAGAGCCUGACGAAAGACCCACCUUCGAAUACAUCCAGUCCUUCCUGGAGGACUACUUCACCGCCACCGAGCCGCAGUACCAGCCCGGGGACAACUUGUAGAGCGUCCUCAACCCCUGAGAUGGCUAGCGGCUUGUGCUUCAGAGCCCACAGACUCUCGUCCCAAAAAAAACACUGUGGCAUGUCUCCUCCAACAGCCUCCAGCAGCCUACCACAGUACAGACUUAGUCUCAGAACCCAUGUUCAUUUCCUCUCAGCUUUUUUAAGUUGUA